UAGAGCAUUACUGUCUUUCUGCUAGUCGAGCCUCCAUCGAGAAGUGUCCUCUGAUAGUUACACCAACUCUGACAGGAAGCGUCUGUCAGUGAAACAGUACUGAGACAAGGCAACAAAUAUUUACCACAGGAGGAACAUACAACAUGGCGCCGAAAAAGGGACUCCUGGAAAGGCUAGAUGAAGGACCGGUGAUAGGGGACGGAGGGUUUGUUUUCGCCCUCGAGAAGCGAGGUUACGUCAAGGCUGGACCCUGGACCCCUGAGGCCACUGUGGAGAACCCAGACGCAGUGCGUCAGCUACACAGGGAGUUCCUGCGGGCAGGCGCAGAUGUUAUGCAAGCCUUCACUUUUUACGCCUCCGACGACAAACUAGCUAAUAGAGGCAACGAGUCGAGCAAGAAGUAUACGUGUCGAGGGAUCAACGACGCGGCGUGUAGACUAGCGAAAGAAGUGGCCGAGGAGGGUGACGCUCUAGUGGCCGGUGGACUCUCCCAGACACCUACAUAUCUCUCUGGUCUGGGCAAGGUACACACUCAGAAAGAGUUCCAGAAACAAGUUGACGUCUUCGUGGAGAACAAGGUCGAUUUUCUAAUUGUUGAGUACUUCGAGCACGUGGAGGAGAUUGAGUGGGCUAUCGAGGUAUGCCUUAAAAUGGGUAAAGCUGUGGUGGCUUCCAUGUGUAUAGGACCUGAGGGUGACCUACAUGGCGUUCCUGUGGGCGAGUGUGCUGUCAGGAUGGCCAAGGCAGGAGCCCAUGUGGUUGGAAUAAACUGUCACUUUGACCCGUUCGUUUGCCUGGACGCGCUUAGAAAGAUGAAGGCAGCCCUGGAUGCUGCCGGUCUCAAGGUCCACCUUAUCUCCCAGCCCCUCGCCUUCCACACCCCUGACGCACACAAACAAGGCUUCAUCGACCUUCCAGAGUUUCCCUUCGCACUGGAGCCUCGCAUCUGCACUCGCUGGGACAUGCACAAGUACGCUCGGGAAGCGUACAAGCUGGGAGUACGCUACAUUGGUGGAUGUUGUGGCUUCGAGCCCUACCACACUAGGGCGUUGGCUGAAGAACUUGCCGUGGAGCGAGGCGGGCUGCCCAAGGCCUCGGAGAAGCACGAGUUAUGGUCGGCGGGACUCAGGAUGCACACCAAGCCCUGGAUCAGGGCCAGGGCCAACAGAAGCUACUGGGAGACCCUGAAGCCCUCCUCAGGGCGGCCCUUCUGCGCAUCUUUGUCUCAGCCUGACGACUGGGGCGUGACGGCUGGUGACGCAAGCCUCAAGCAGAAGACUGACGCUACAACUGACGAGGAGAUCGCAGAGCUCAACCAACACGCCGUCAAUGGUCCCUGAGAGAGAGAGAGAGAGAGAGAGAGAGAGAGAGAAUAAGACUGAAGAAUACAUAUAAUAAUAUAUAUAUAUACAUAUAUAUAUAUAUAUAUAUAUAUAUAUAUAUAUAUAUAUAUAUAUAUAUAUAUAUAUAUAUAUAUAUAUAUAUAUAUAUAUAUAUAUUAUAUAUAUAUAUAUUGAAUAAUCUUAUAUUCAGAAUGCGCUUUGGAAAUUUAAAAUUAUUCAGUAAAGUCAUUAGAUAAAUCUGAACGUGAGGUAAAGAACUGUAAAAUUCUAAGUAUUAUUAAGCUGACUACUAUUUAAAUAAAAAAUAAAAUUUACAGUUUGUGAUAUAUGCUCACAACUUCAUUUACCACUUCUUCGGCUACAUAAUUAUAUGAUAUUGACUAAAUGCUAAAAACGAAAAAAAAAAUUGAAAUAUUGGUUUAGCGGUUAAUUAAGGCAAGUUCAACUUACACAUCCAGUGCUACGUACGACCCUGUCUAACAUACUGGUGAAGUUAUACUUGGAUAAUAGUGACUCAAGAAACACUUCGUUACACGAACGACAUGAAACUUUAGUACUUUCCAUGAAUACGAGGAAAAAGAAGAAGAAGAAGAAGAAGAAGAAGAAGAAGAAGAAGAAGAAGAAGAAGAAGAAGAAGAAGAAGAAGAAGAAGAAGAAGAAGAAAUGUGCUAAAGUUAAUCUUGAAAAAUUGUGAUCAUUUUAAAUUAACACUCAAAGACUUAAAUUAUUUCGCCUUGGUUAGUAGUGUUCAUGUGCAGUGAAGGAGAAUUGCUGCCGUCAAGAUUACAGUAAUAAAUAUUUCUUAUGUACUGAGGAUGAAGGAAAACAUUCUAUCGUCUUUUUGGCUGCAAUAGUCUUCCACCCGCCAUUUGGUAUAAAUACACACUGUGAUUCCAAAUAAUUUAUAAUUUUGAUUUUAAACUCUAGUACACUGUUAGUUUUAUAUAUUUAUGUCUGUUAUAAUCUUGUAUUAUAAAAUAAUGGGUUUAAAAUGGUA